CUGGGCCUGCUGGGGAUGGGCCUCGAGACUCGAGAGCGCGCGUUGCUAUUGCUUGCGUUCGAGUCGCACGAGGCGGAGGCGCGGAUUGGCUCGCUCGCCAGCGACCGGUCCUACGCAUCCCUCCUUCCUCCUCAUCCUUCCCUUCCCCCGUCGCGUCGCGCUCUCGCCUCGUCCCUUCUUCCGCUCUUCAAUUCCGCCCACUGCCGAGAGCCCUUCCCUCUCCGAGCGGAGAGAAAUGCGACCGCGAUGCGCCCCUUCGUCCCCUCCCUGCGCCUCCCAACCCCAUCCCUAACCCUCCUGCCCCCACCUCACUCCCUCUGCAUUCCCCGCCGCCGCCGCCUCCUGCCCGCCCCGCUCGCCGCCUCCGCGUCCUCCAGGCGUCCGUACCGCCGCCGCCGCAACGCCCCGAGCCGGCCGCCACCGUCGUCACUCCAGCAGCAGCAGCAGCAGCCGCGGCCGCAGCAGCAGCGCGCCGCGAAUGCCGCCGCGCCGGGCGCACGGCGCCAGGAGGAGCUGGAGGAGGCGAUCUACGACUUCAUGUGCCGCUCCGCCAAGCCCGGGGCGUUCCCCACCCGCGAGGAGCUCGUCGCGGCCGGCCGCGCCGACCUCGCGGCCGCCGUCGCGUCCAGCGGGGGAUGGCUCUCCCUCGGAUGGUCCCCCGCGGGCGCGGAGGGCGCCGCGCCGCGCUCGUCGGGCGGGGGACACCCUGACUACCCGCCCGAGACGGGCGUGUACCACCGUGAUGACCUAGCGCCGGGCUCGGAGGAUGACUCCGAGUGGGAGGAGGAGGAAGAAGAUGAAGCGGACGAGGAGGAGGUGUCACCGUCUGGGCGUCAGCCAGAAAUGGAGGAGACCAAGGAGGUCACGUUGAAAGCAGGCAUCGAGGGGAUGCUCACCAGGCUGCAGAGGGACAGGGAGCGGGCGCGGCCGCCGCCCCGACCAGAAGGCAGAAGUGACAAUGGCGCUUUAGCAGGCAACAGCGGUGCUCCCAGUCAUACAGCGGCUGGUGGCAGGCAUAGCCCUAGGACACCUGAGAAUGGAAGUGUUCAUGGAUCUCAUCCUCAAAAUGGGACGCUAGAUGGCAACAAUACCUUACAGAGUUCGAGCAACGAUACAUGGCAAACAUGGACCCUUGGCAAGAGUGAUUUAUCUGAUUUUGAAGCUGCUGAGGUCCUACCAAUUGAAAGCAGAAGAUUAUCUCGGCAUGAUGAACAAGACAUUGCAUUGGCGCAAAAUGACUUUCACAGAUCAUCUAAUGGUGUGGCUGUAAGUGAUUAUCCUAGUGAUGGUGUAGACUCUGAAAGAGAUGAGAUACAUUCUCGUCUUCAAACUCUGGAAUUGGACCUAUCUGCCGCUCUCAAGACAUUAAGAUCAAGAUUCGACAAAGUCUUAUCAAAUAUGUCAAAUAAUAAUGGAGCUACUGUACUGGAUGAUAUCUCUGACGAUUGGGAGUUUGAGGAGACAAAGGUACUGCAAGCUCAGGAGGAGCUACGAUCAAUCCGGGCUAAAAUAGCUGUAUUAGAAGGGAAGAUGGCACUUGAGAUAAUUGAAAGGAACAAAAUAAUAGAAGAUAAACAAAGGAGGCUUGAUGAAGUUGAGAAGGCCCUGAGUGAGCUCCGUACUGUUUGUAUCAUGUGGGCCAACCCUGCUUCAGAGGUUUUAUUGGUUGGGUCAUUUGAUGGCUGGACAAGUCAAAGAAAGCUGGAAAAAUCAUCAGAAAGAGGCAUGUUUUCCUUGAACCUGAGGCUGUACCCAGGUAGAUAUGAGAUUAAGUUUAUCGUUGAUGGUGUCUGGAAGAACGAUCCUUUGCGGCCCACUGUGUACAACAAUGGGCAUGAAAACAACCUUCUGGUUGUCACUUGACUUGAAGCUGCAUCCUGGUAGCAUUUUUGUAGAUUGUUGCGUAGAUCGUCCUCAACAUGAUUUGAUGCCAACUGAUUAGAUCAUCCCUCCUUGUAACUAGUCAGCUUUUCCUUCGGUGAUUUCAUUUUCUUCUAGAUAGUUGUGUACCACAUAAACAGUGUAGGGUGCUGUCAAAAUGCGUCACCCUGUUGAGACAGGAGAAGAAAGUAGCUGUGCAUUCUUUUCUCCCCAUUGUUCUGCCCUGGUGUUGGUUCACCUUCAUUCUGUGUAUCAACAUUGUAUGUACAUAUGUUGUUAAGGCUGUAUAUUUGUAGUCUGUUCUCGAAAGUUUUUAAUUGUUCCUUGCAA